AGGUUUUUAAUGUUCACAUCAUGUGUACUGUCAAUUCGUCUACCUGGAAUUCGGCAGUUUUAUCCCACCUCGUUAAAGCUCAGAAUGGUUGGACAACCGAAGUUUAUGCUGAUUUUGCAUUUCUUACAUCCAACAUAAGUUCCAUAGAAAGCAUCUGUUCCUGCAGCAAUGGAUGAAUUGGCAUUACUUAUAUCACAACAUAUAGGAACAAAGGAAUUUCGAGAAAUGGAAAUAAAUAAAGUUACUUCCUGGUUAAACGAUAAUUCCGAAGUGAGAAAGAAACUUCAAGAAUUUAUACAAAAGCACGGUCAUAGAUGUAUUAAAGAGUUUGACAUCUAUUCUAAAACCUGGAAGAUGGAUCCUUUACCAUUAAUUAAGACAUUACAAAAUUUAAUGGGAAAGACAAUAAAACAGAAAGAAGGUGAAAUGGAUAUCGAAUUAUUAUUGAAUAAAAUUAAAUCGCAUUUAACCACAGGUCAAAAACGAAUACUUCGAUUUGUGCUGCCAAGAUGUCGAAAAGCAGUCGCAUACAGAGAAGCAAGUAAAUCGCUUCUAAUCAAAGUAAUCAAUUCGUUUCGAGAAACAUUUUAUUAUAUGGGACAAGUGAUGGUAGAGGAAGGAAGGUUAUUUGACAAAGAACACAUAUUUUUUCUGACACUGGAUGAACUAGAUAUGUUAAUAAAUACGAGAUCUUCAAGAAUAUUGCACAAAGCAGUAGCCCGUCAUAAAAUCUACUACGAACUUGACUCUCUGAAACUUCCUGAAAUUCAGUUUGGUAUUUCCAAUCCUUAUCGUAACAAGGCAGUAAUUGAAAAUAAUGGAAAUCGAGCAUCCGUAAUAAUGAAAGGAACUCCUGUUAGUCAAGGAAUAGUUAAAGGAAAAGCCAGAGUUAUACUUAAUAUAAAGGAAGCCGAUUCUAUUUGUCAAGGAGAAAUACUAAUAACGUACAGUACUGAUAUCGGAUGGAGCCCUUAUUUUCCUCUUAUAUCUGGUCUAGUUACAGAACUUGGUGGAUUAAUAUCACAUGGUGCGGUAGUGGCAAGAGAAUAUGGUCUUCCUUGCAUUGUCGGAGUUCAUUCUGCAUCAGAAGUAUUUCAAACAGCAGGGCCACAUUUACAUGCAAGAUAAAUAACUUACUGCUCAGAGUCUCUCGUUAGAAAUAUCCCCACAAAGUACUGUAAUUAUAAGCAUAAUUUUUUCGUAAUUUCUUAUAGAGGACGUGGAAAACUAAUUCAUAGUUUUUAAUUAAAAUAGCACAGAUGUUAUGCAAUUAUGGUAAAUUAAUUUAUCAGCAUACUACACUUAACCUCAAAGCAUUUAACAGGAUUUAUAAGUCACUUUGUGAAUGUUGUGUCUAUAGACGGUAUCGAUUGUUGUCUACACAUUCUCGCAAUUUUCCCCUAAAACUUUCCAGGACACUACAGAAUUUCAGGGACACUUGUUGCCACUUCAUCCCUGAUGUGCGCUUCAACAUUACAAUAGUCCUUCAAUUGUUUCCAACGUGAGCCGUUGUGUCGUUCGUUGAAAUAGCUUAUUUAGAAUUCAACAUUACAUUGGCACGUCUUCAGUUCUGGAAAGAUGUGAAACAUUUCUACAUAUCUUGCUAAAUUUAUUAUUGCAAUUCCGAUUUCUUUGUCUUGGAAUAAAAUAUAGUUGUUACACCACACUACACAAUAGCCUUAACACUGUGUACAGUACCGGUUGUUUAUGUAACUUAAGUGCGUUCUCAUAAAAUAAAAUGUAGCUUUAUAAUUUUGUACUAACUGCAAAUAUUACUAAAUUGUUUUUAGUUAAACAGCAUGUGUGCUCAAAGCUUCUCUCACCACCCCUACGGUUUCAGUAACAACAGUAUUUAAAAGCCGUUAGGUUAAUUAUUUUGCAACAACUUUUACAAGAUUUGAUGGUAAAGUCUUUGCAACUAGUCUUUUAUUUAAUAAUUAUAACACAAGCAAUCACAGAAUAAUGUAAAUAUAAUACUACGUACUGCUGUCUUCUACUGUUUUAGUAAUUGCUCAACUGGUUGAGACAUUUGCCCACCGCCUGCUGCAUUCCAUUGUCAUAGAAAUCUUCUGCUGCACAUCUUUGUAUUGUUGCCUGUACUUGAUCGUUAAUAGUGUGUUUUAUAUAGGAAAUUUUUAAAUGUCCAAAAAAUUGGUACUUACGAGUAUGGCUAGUUUGGAGUAUAGUAUAAGAUGAAUGCCGAAUAACUGUCUACAAUGUAUUAUGUAUGGAGAAAUGCCUAAUUUAUAGAACACGUUCAUAAAUGUAAUUUUAAAUCACUUUAUAACUCGCUCUAUUUCAUAACGCUCUUAUUUUAUUAUGUUUUAUCUUUAAAUAUACUAAAACUUUAGAGUGAGAUUUAAUUAUCUUUCUUAAAUUCUAAUUGGUUUUUAACUCAUCAUUACCCAGAGCAAACUGGUGAAACUAAAGAGGUGAAAUUUGGUAAACA